UUCUAGUUUUCUCCUCAGAAGUUCUAAGAUUGAAAUGAGGGUACAAAGUAAAGUGACUUUUUUUGUUUGAAAUCGAUACUUUCUUUCUUUUAAAAGACAAUUUUCUCUUCUAUAGAAGUCAGUGAAAUCUGAAUUCUGAAUUCUGUUUUAAUACUACAACUUACCAGUUUUUAACCCCAAAGUUUCUGCAUUGCCCUAAAUAAAUCACUUAAAAGAUAUAUAAACUAAAAUCUAAUAAAUAGGACAAAUCUUCUAUAAUCUCAGAAAAGUGGUAUUGUAUUUCCACUUGUAUUACACAAAAGAGAAACCUUAAGCUAUCCACGGCCUUGACGUGGCAAUGAGGCCUCAACCCCUACGGAAGUCUUCCUAACAGGCAGGUUCUGCAAACCCAGAUAAAGGGUUAGAAUUGAGAGUGGAUAAAAGUUAGGACUCAUGGUUGAGGAGGAUUUCAUUCAGGGAUUCAGACCUUCCCAACCUUUCACUUCCUCUCCCAGGUCUUAAGUGGAGGCUUUAGGCUGUGGUGUUUGUCUGUCAGCAAGACCCUGCUCCUCUCAGGGAAAAGAAACAAAUGAGCACCGUAUCAGUAUGCGCAUAUGCCAGCCUAAAGCUUAUGAAAAUUCCCAAAAAUGAUCCCUUCAGUGAAGUCCACAACUUUAACUUCUACUUGUCAAAUGUGGGGAGAGAUAAUCCUCAGGGCAGCUUUGACUGCAUCCAGCAAACACUCUCUAGCUCUGGAGCCUCCCAGCUCAAUUGCCUGGGAUUUAUACAAGAUAAAAUUACAGUGUGUGCAACAAAUGAUUCCUAUCAGAUGACGCGAGAAAGAAUGACCCAGGCAGAGGAGGAAUCCCGUAAUCGAAGCGCAAAAGUUAUCAAACCCGGUGGACCAUAUGUAGGGAAAAGAGUGCAAAUUCGUAAAGCUCCUCAAGCCAUCUCGGACACGGUGCCUGAGAGGAAAAGGUCAACGCCCAUGAACCCUGCAAAUACAAUUCGAAAGAUGCAUGGUGGCAGCAGUAUCUCUCAGAGGCCGUACAGGGACAGGGUCAUCCAUUUACUGGCACUAAAAGCCUACAAGAAACCUGAGCUGCUUGCUCGACUGCAGAAAGAUGGUGUCAAUCAAAAAGACAAGAACUCCUUGGGAGCAAUUUUGCAACAGGUGGCCAAUCUGAAUCCUAAGGACCUCUCCUAUACUUUAAAGGAUUAUAUAUUUAAGGAGCUCCAGAGAGACUGGCCAGGUUACAGUGAGACAGACAGACAGACAUUGGAUUUGGUGCUUUCUAGAAAACUAAAUCCAUCUCAGAAUGCUGGCACCAGCCGGUCAGAUUCUCCCAUGUGUUCCAGCAAAGACGCUGCCUCGUCUCCUCAGAAACGACCUUUGGAUUCAGAUUUCAUUGAUCCUUUAAUGAACAAAAAAGCUCGAAUAUCUCACCUAACAAACAGAGUCCCACCGACAUUAAAUGGCCAUUUGAAUCCCACCAGUGAAAAAUCUUGUGCAGGCCUCCUACCACCCCCUGCAGCUGCUGCCAUCCCCACCCUCUCACCACUGCCUUCAACCCACCUGCCUGUCUCCAAUCCUCCUCAGACUGUAAAUUCCAACUCCAAUUCCCCUAGCACUCCAGAAGGCCUGGGGACUCAAGACCUACCUGUUGACAGUUUUAGUCAAAACGGUAGCAUCUUUGAGGACCAGCAAGACAAAUAUACCUCAAGGACUUGUCUGGAAACAUUACCCCCUAGCUCAGCUCUGCUAAAGUGUCCAAAGCCCAUGGAAGAAGAGCAUCCAGUGUCUCAUAAAAAGUCCAAAAAGAAGUCUAAAAAACACAAGGAAAAGGACCAAAUAAAGAAACAUGACAUUGAGACCGUGGAGGAGAAGGAGGAAGACCUUCAGAGAGAAGAAACUGCCAAGCUGAGUAAUGCCAGUCCAAAUCCCAAUGAAGGAGUUAAAGAAGGGUGCACAGCCUCCACAGAGCCUUCUUCAGCACUUGAACUCCCAGAUUAUUUGAUAAAAUAUAUUGCUAUUGUCUCUUAUGAGCAACGCCAGAAUUACAAGGAUGACUUCAAUGCUGAGUAUGAUGAAUACAGAGCUUUGCAUGCAAGGAUGGAGACUGUAGCCAGGCGAUUUAUUAAACUGGAUGCACAACGAAAACGCCUUUCUCCAGGUUCAAAAGAGUACCAGAAUGUUCAUGAAGAAGUCUUACAGGAAUAUCAGAAGAUCAAGCAGUCCAGUCCCAAUUACCAUGAAGAAAAAUACAGAUGUGAAUAUCUUCAUAACAAGCUGGCUCACAUCAAAAGACUAAUAGGUGAAUUUGACCAACAGCAAGCAGAGUCAUGGCACUAGAGCUCUGCUUGGACCAGAAGAUGUGAAUAAACUAAAGCUUAUUUAUUUAAAAUUCCAGAUGAGUUGCUCUAGAUUCUAAAAGAUGAAACUUUGCUUGUUGGAAGUUUCAGUAUUAGUAAACUUGAGUUACUUUUUUUCCUCUCCAUUUUACUUUGCUGCCCUGAAUUUUGAAGCUGCUUUUUUUCUGGUCCUCUCCCCAAACCCUGACCCCAAACUUGUUUGUUAAUAGAAGCAAUUUUUUUUGGAGAUUGGGGAUCCAGUGUCUAUACUUCAAAUCAAUUUUCCUUGAUAACUUGUCUUCGUCAUUAGAGAUGAUUUUUUUUUUUUUUUUAAGAUAUUGGGGGUGCAAAGUCCAUACAGAUGCAAAGAAUUGUGUGUGUUUAAAACAAGACAAAACAGUAAUGUGCAAGGUGAAAAGCUUUUGGAUAAACAAAAGCCUAUUUUCUGACCUUUCUUAAUGCAAACUCUUUGCCUUAAAUGGUAGAUUAUUUAGACAUUUGCACUAAGUACAAAAAAUCAAAACAUUGUUUUUGGAGGGUUGAAAAAUAGAAAGUGAAUGUGUGUAGUUUUCUAUACACAAUACGUAUGCAUACAUGCAUAUAUACAUACAUACAUACAUACAUACAUACAUACAUACAUACAUACAUACGGGCUAUCUGGCUCUAGAGUGUUAAAUCUGACCUAAAAGUUAAACCCCCAUUGCAAUGGCUGCCUUAAGGUGUUUGCUAGUUGUGUACAUCAUAUGGUUAAUCAGUAGCUACACUGCUUCCCAGUGAUAACAGCCCCUGCCUGGGAAGCACACUGUGGCCUACCAGCAUCAGAACCUGUGUGUUCUGCUUGUAUGUCUGCAGAGCUGCUGUGGAUGUGAGCUGUGUGAAGGUUAAAAAGCUGCUACUCUCAGUAGGCCGGACACUCAGGUUAAAGAGCUGAUGAGUAUUGCAGUAGCUUGUUGGUGUGUGUUUGCUUGGUUUUUGUUUGUUUCUGUCAAAUUGCUACUUCUAUUGUGGAAGACAAAAGCAUUUCCAUUUCAACAGUUUGUUAGCUUUAUUAAUGUUGGGCAAAAAAUGAUAUGUUAUGAAAAUGAACAGAUCUUAUAGUUUUGGGGCAAAAUGACAAAAAUAAAUGUGUAGGUAACCUAUUUAUAUACUGCUAUAAAGUAUUUUUUGAAGAAAGAUAUUCAAAGAAGCUAUUACCUACAUCAGAUGUAUAUUUAAAUUUUUUUCAUCCUGGAUCCCAGGAAUAUAAAAAAAGAAUAGAUAUAUUUAACCAUAACAUACUGUGACUCAUCAAAUAGCACAAACUUUCAUUUCAUGGAGUUUAUCUGUUAACGUUGAUUUAAACUAUCACUUGUCUUAUCAUGUGGGAACAUAAGUUAUAUGGUCAAAAUAUAAGGAUUUUGAACUAAAGUUGAUUCAGGUUGUCUUGUAUUGUCGUUUCAAAGUGCUGCCAGUUGAAAAGGGAAGCAUUAUGUUUACAAAUCUGUUUUGAAAUGUUUGCCAAAAUUUUGGUAGUAUCUUUAAUAAAGAUGUUUGUCUUCAGCAUCCAAAAAUAAGUGAAUAAUUUUGACGUGUACCACUGUAAACUAGAAAAUGUUAGUAUUGAGGCCUGGUGGCAGAAUAUGUUGAUUAACUUUCUUGUGAAGUUUUCCUGAAAUGUUAACUGGAAAGACUGGGUGAUGGAUCCAAAGCACAGAGACAGCCAACCACUGAAGCCAAGAUUCCUCUGACACUACAACUCUGGUAUCACUGCACACAUUCCAUCUCUGAGUAGCACAGGCCUUCUGGAGACUUCCAUUUCAGUUUUGAGAUCCCUGGUGCUCUUUUACCUUGAUAUUGCUACAGUCAUUAUUAAGUAGAAGUUUAUCUUAAACAUUUGAGUUUAAAAAGAAGAAAAGAAGCUUAGUUAUGGCUAAAUUGGGGCCUCACAUUAUCAUAGUAGAUCUGUUGACAUAAUGACUUCAGUAGUACACUCUGAAGUGUUGGCCUUUCAAUAAGAUUGUUGCUGUUCUUUUCUAUGGGCAAUGUUUCCUCAAAAGUGAGGGUGUUGAAUGGCUUGCUUGCAUUACCCACACUACAGUCUCUUGGGAGAGGCCAGGUGCCCACAUUUUCACAAGGUGCUUGCAGUGACAGUUGCAAGCUAAUGUAUAGUUGGCUUAGGUGUAGCUCUAAAUUUUAAAUCCCUCAAUCUUGAAACCUUGAGUGUAUAUACUCCAGCUUUAGCAGGUAUCCAAUUUGAAUUAGGCAUGAGACCACCCCAGCUGAAUCUACACUUGAGUUUCUAAUCAUUUUCUGAGGAAACAGGGCAGAAAAAGUAAAGGCAUCUCUUGAGCCCUGGCAUUGAAAGCCUGCAACAGUUGGUGUCAGCCGUGACUCUGGUGCUCCUCAAAGAUAAAUGGAGGGUCCCAAAGUCGUCAUUGUGUCAGCAACCCUUCUUAAAGCUAUACCUCUACAUUGGGUAGGGGUUGAAGUUUCAUUUCAUAAAGCUUUUGAGAAUGCAAUGAAAACUAGCCACCUAAAUUAGGUAAUUUGAAUAUCUGUGCAAUGCAGAUAAUGUCUGUGGAAUCACUGCUUUUCACAUGAGAGUAAAUCCAUUUUGACUGACUGCAAAGGGGUAAGGCAGAGAUAGGCUUCAGGUUUCAAGGAGGAGUAUUGGGGUUUAUUGAGUGCUAGGCGUUUGCAUACCUGCCCUUCUGGUUUUACUCUCCAGAGAUUGCACUAGCAGGAGAGCAGUGGCUACAGGUGGCUCUGAUACUUCACGAUUGUGUAAUUCUCAAAUUGGGAAUCAGAGACAUGUCAUUUUCAACUUCUGCCUGCCUGAUUCAACUGACCCACCAGACUGGUUUUUCCUUCUGUGGUUGGAUAUUAGUACAACAUGGGAACUUACAAGUAGACAAUAAGUACCCUUUUUAAGUCUAUGAAAUUCAGGAGGAAGCUUCCAUAAGGCGAGCCCAUGUGACUAGCAGGCAUGUUUGCCUUAGACAACCUAAGGCUUCUUGCCUGUCCAUCAGACUUGAUAAUUUCCCAUUGGGUUUACAGCUGAUUGUGGUGUUUUGUGCUCACCCUGCUCUGCCUAACCACUCUCACUUCCUGCUGUCCAGGACCAAUGGUUCCUGCCAUCCCAAGGCACCCACCCUAAAGCAGCAGUGCAGCACUUAAGCCCCACUUCCUCCCUCUGCUGAGUCCUCAUCCUUAAAGUCUUUGCUUAACCUUCCUACCUGAAGCAGGCUCUCUUGAUUCUGUGUUCCUCCUUCAUGGCCCU